UUUGAUAUUACUACAAGAAAAUCACGCUACAAGGAAUGCGCUGGCGCUGGUCCAAGUAGGCUGUCCCACACGGAACUUGCAACAUAACUGAGCAAUCUCGAUUUCAAAACGCUGUCUGACAAGCACUUGUCAUCCGCAAGAGUCGUCAACCGGGAAAUUGAGCAAAAUGGCUGACCUGAUAAACAGUGAUGUGUUCCUGGCCUUCUCCACAUAUGCCACUAUUGUCAUUCUCAAAAUGAUGUUCAUGUCUCCUCUGACUGGAUACUUCAGGAUAACCAGAAAGGCUUUUUCAAACUGGGAGGACACUGCAAUGGCCAAAAAUGAUCCAGAGGAGAGAAAGAAGAUGCUCCAGACCAAUCCUGAUGUAGAACGUGUACGAAGGUGCCAUCAGAAUGAUCUGGAGAACAUCAUUCCCUUUGUGGUGAUCGGUCUCCUGUACGCACUGACGGGGCCGGAUCUCUCCACGGCUCUGCUGCACUUCCGAGUGUUUGUGGCUUCACGUUUUAUUCACACGGUCUCUUACGUGAUGGGUCUGCCCCAGCCUAGCAGAGGUCUAUCCUGGAUGGUGGGAAUGAUCACAACGUUCUCAAUGGCCUACAGGGUUCUCACCACAGCACUCCUUCUCUAAAGACGCUGUUGCACUGCAGAACAGAAGAGGCCUGUUUUAACCUAUAUCUUUUAUUGUCCCUUGUUUGAUCUUUUCUUAUUGCACUGUAUGUAGUUCAUAAUUAAAAACUGUCAUAAUUCAUCUGUAUUUUUGAUGUAUUUGCAGUUACCAAAAUACAAGUAUUCAUUUAUAAGUCUGUAAAGGUGCUAAUGUCACUGCUUAACUUCUGAAUGUUUGUUAACAGUAAAUAAGACAUUGUCACAAUGACUCAGCAUUCAACGGAGGGUUGCUAUCAAUGCUGACAGUCUUUUUAGGAUGCAUUCCAAGUUUUCAAACCUGCUUUUCUUCAGUACUUUAAUGAGACCUUGAAUGAUAACUUUAUAAUUUGUAAUAAACUAAUAUAUAUUAAAA